AUGCUAACCAGAAUUUUGAGACACAGGGCUACUUUGCCCUUUGCAAUUGGCUCAGUUGCAGCGGCCGCUGCCUUCUACAACUUGAGCAUUGUGAAGAACGAACCCUUGAAAACUUUCCAAGGUGACGGAGCCUGGGUUGAGCUACCUAUCAGCAAGAUCGAAAACGUUUCGCAUGACACCCGUCGCUUCACUUUCAACCUUCCAGAGGCAGAUCAGACCACCGGACUGAUCACUGCAUCAGCGUUGUUGGCGAAGCUUGAGACCGCUAAGGGCAACAACGUCAUCAGACCUUACACCCCAGUGAGCGAUGUCAGCACCAAGGGUCAUUUCCAAUUGGUCAUCAAGCACUACGAUGGAGGUAAAUUCACCGAGCUCUUGUUCGCCAAGAAAGCUCAAGACACCGUUGCGUUCAAGGGCCCUAUCGUCAAGUGGGACUGGAAACCAAACUCUUUCAAAAACAUCACCUUGCUAGGAGCCGGCUCUGGUAUCACCCCACUGUUCCAGCUGGUGCACCACAUCUCGCAGAACCCACAAGACAAGACCAAGAUCAACUUGCUUUACGGCAACAAGACGCCGGGCGACAUAUUGCUAAAGAAGGAGCUUGACGAGAUCAUGGCCAAGUACCCAGAACAGGUCAAAAUUCACUACUUUGUCGACAAAGCGGACGGUGAUUUCGAGGGUCACAGCGGAUUUAUCACUCGCGAAUAUUUGGAGAAGAACCUCCCUGGCCCGGGCGAGGACCACCAGGUUUUCGUGUGUGGUCCUCCACCUUUUAUGAAAGCCUACUCGGGGCCAAAGGUUUCGCCUCAGGACCAAGGUGAACUCGUUGGUAUUCUCAAGGAUUUGGGACACACCAAAGAACGAGUCUUCAAGUUCUAA